AUGCAAAUAGAUCAAGCAAAUUUACUAGAUUUUGAACCAAAAAUUCUUGUUUUUAGUGGAGGAUCUGGAGUAAAUGAUUUGGUUUCAUCUUUUCAAGCUAUUUCUCCUCUAUCAACAUAUGUUUUGCCAAUUAGUGACAAUGGAGGAUCUACGUCUGAAAUUCUUCGUAUUUUUGGUGGUAUUGGCAUAGGUGAUAUCAAAUCAAGGCUCAUUAGAUUAAUACCAGAAGACAAUAAAAAUAUGGAAUUGUUGCAUAUUAAACGAUUAUUAAAGCACCGUUUGUCCAUUGAUACUAAAGAAGCAUAUUAUGAAUGGCAAAAGGUCGUAGAAGGAUCACAUAUUUUGUGGGAGAAUAUUUCAUCUGAAAAAGUUCAAUUGAUACGAAUGUUUUUUGUUUAUUUGCAAACAGAAUUGACAAAACGUAUUAGACAUAAUUUUCAAUUUAAUUUCAGCAAUGGAAGCUUGGGUAAUUUUUUUUUAACAGGUGCCAAUUUAGUAAAUCAAUUUUUUGGAUCAUUGGAAAGUGCUAUUUUUUUGUUUCGAAGUAUUACACAUAUUCAUGCCCAAGUAUUACCUGUUAUUAAUACUUCUUUCACCCAUCAUAUCGCAGCAAAAUUAAAAAAUGGAAUGGUCAUCUAUGGACAAAAUCAAAUCUCGCAUCCUUCAAAUUGUGGUAUUUUAAGUAAUGAUUGCAUUGAUAAUAAUAUGAAGAACGAAAAUUAUGGAAAUUUUUCACACAUUCCUUUAAUUCUUCAACAAAAUACUCUUGUUCAAAAAGAUAAUAACGUUAAUUUACCAUCCCCUAUUGAUCAGAUUUAUUAUGUUGAUUCUUAUGGUAACCGAAUUUAUCCGAACAUAAACCCUAAGAUUUUAUCAGUAAUUAAGAACACAAAUACAAUUAUUUAUGGUCCUGGAUCGCUUUAUACUAGUUUGCUUCCUUGUCUAAUAGUCAAUGGUGUAGCUAAAGCAAUCCUGGAUUCACCUCAAUUGAUAUACAAGAUUGUUUUUUUAAAUGGUUCAACUGAUAGAGAAACAGGCGAAGAGUUUACAGGUAUGGACUUUAUACGGGCCUUGAUAACUGGGCUUGUUACUCACUUAAAACCAAUUGAUCAAGAAAUUGAUUUUGAAUAUUGGAUUCCUAAGUUUAUUACCCAUAUUAUCUAUAUUCGAGGCAAAGAUACACUCUCAAUAGAUGAAAAUCAAGCACGUCAAUAUGGAUUUAAGUGUAUUGGUAUUUAUGGAUAUGAAAAUGAAAAUAAUCACGGUAUGCUUUAUGAUGCUAAAAGUGUUCACAGAACAUUAAAAGCCAUCCUGUACAAUCAAAAACGAGGAUUACGACAACGUAUAAGAAGCUAG